AUGAUGACGCAUGAAACGGAUGAUAAUCACAUUUAUCGACGCCUGUUACGUUUACCAAAUGAACAACCAUCAGAGGCACAAACAAGAAAAAAAGGGCUCGUGUGCGCUAUUUGUGGAGGUCGAGCUAUUGGUUACAAUUAUGAUGCAAUCAGUUGCGCAUCGUGCAAAGCAUUUUUCAGUAGAAAUGCACAAAAUUCAAUCGAAAGACUUGUGUGUAUCGGUACAGGCAUGCGAAAAGAGUUAAUUCAUACUACUGAACAAAAACAACGUCGAAAACAUCGAAUGGACGAAUUGAAUCAACGAGUCAAUAAGUCAGGGUCAGAAUCAGAAAAGAUCACGGCAAUUGAGCCAACAGUCUCAUCAUUAGAGUAUGAAAAACUUGUUGAACUAUCUGUCACCGAUCGUCUUCAAAUACAAUCUAUUGAAACGGCCUUUCUAAUUUCUCAUCAGUCGUUGAUUACACCACCAUUUCCCAUAUAUCCUACACAUCUGACUGAUAAAAUGUCGGGAAUAUUAUCAAUAAUGGAUUGGUACAAUUUUUCUGCGUUAAAACUAAUCAAUUAUUUUAAAACUAUACCCGAAUUUGAUCAAUUAGACGAAAAUGAUCGUUUUGUACUUGUUAAACACAAUUUAAUUCAUAUAUUUAUACUUGAAAGCUCAACAUUUUUCAAUGCUGUCACUGAAACAUGUUUAGAAUUAACUAACAAAGAUGAUAUUCAGCAAUUUGAUGAAUUUUACACAUUUUGUCAUAACGAUGAAAUACGUUUAAAUUUUAAACAAUUAAUGCAUACAUUAACGGAAAUAACAAUGGACAAUCGAAUCAUCAUUUAUUUACUCAUCAAUGUUAUUAUAUUUUCAACAGGUCUAUCACUCAACGAAGAGAGUAAUUUACUAUUGUCUGAUUUAUCUCGAGUUCAUAAUGCACAAUGUAAAUAUACUGAUUUGUUAUAUCGAUAUUUGAUAGAACAGUAUGAUGAUGACACAGCCGUUACAAUAUUUUCACAGUUAAUGGCACAAAUAUUGAGAAUCCAGUUAACGAUGAGAAAUUAUCGAUCGUACAUACGAGAUGAAAUUGACGAUGUGAAUAAGCUCAAUCCGUUGGCUCAAACAAUUCUUCAGCUCUCUUAA